ACCGCGUACGAUUGUCAUUUUCCUUCAGUGAACGCCGGGGCGCCACGGCAAACACCCCCGCCGGUUGCGCCACUCUGCUCCUGAAUCAUCUCCGGCCCUCUCCGCACUCCACAGCAAUGGCGGAAACUCCUCUGCAUCACUCCACCGAUCCGUUCACAGACGGCGAGCACAAUGAGCACGACCCUGCCGUGCCCGCGUCGGACGCCGCAACAUGCGGCGCGGACGGCGGCGGCAUCCUCGUCGUCGAUUUCGACGUCCUCGUCAACGGCGCCGCCGAUCGACGGGCGCGGGCCAUCCGGGACCUCGGCCGCGCGUGCGAGGACUGGGGCUUCUUCAUGGUGGUCAACCAUGGGGUGCCCGAGGAGCUCAAGGAGGCAACAAUGGAGACGUGCAGGGAGCUGUUCAGCUUACCGGAGGAGGAGAAGGUGGAGUACUUGGAGGCCGGGCCGAUGGAUCCUGUCCGAAUCGGGACGGGCUUCUUCUCCGUCGUCGACGGCGUCAGGUACUGGAGGGACUACCUGAAGAUGUUCGCGCACCCUGAGCUCCACUGCCCUGCAAAUCCACCAAAAUUAAGGGACGUUGCUGCCGAGUACUCGGCCAAGAAGAGAGCCCUGAUGCUGGUGCUCGCCAGGGCGAUCUCCGAGAGCUUGGGCCUCGACGGCGGUCGAAUUCCGGAGGCCAUGGGCCUCGAGUCGUGCUUCCAGAUCCUCGUCGCCAACCACUACCCGCCGUGCUCCGGUCCGGGCGGCGCGGGCAUGGGGCUGCCCGCGCACUCGGACCACGGCUUCCUCACCCUGCUCUUCCAGAACGGCGUCGACGGGCUCCAGGUCGAGCGCGGCGGGCGGUGGCGCCUCGCUAAGCCCCUCCCCGGCGCGUUCUUCGUCAUCGCCGGCGACCAGCUGGAGAUCGUGAGCAACGGGAGAUACAAGGGCGCGCUCCACCGCGCGGUGGUCGGCGGCGAGCGCGCGAGGAUGUCCGUGGUGAGCAUGAUCUCGCCGUGCCUGGACGCCGUGGUCGCACCGGUCCUGGAGCUGGUACCCGACGGCCGGGGCCUCGAGUUCCGGGGCGUCAGGUACCGGGACUACAUGGAGCAUCAGCAGAGCAACAAGCUCUACGGGAAGGCAGCGCUGGACAUCGCCCGGGUGAAGCGUGACAUCGCAGCCUGAGAAUUGAGAUCAAACGAACUGCUCUGCUAAGGCCCUGUUUGUUUCGGUGGCCACCAGUCGCGCGAUACCCAAACUCGCGAUGGAGAAAAGCCCAGAUUCCCUCGCUUCCUGCAUAAGGGGCGUUUCAGUUAAAAAAAAUGAACUGACGCUCGCGACCGUGAUGGAGAUAAGCGCGUCUGUCGCGAGGCGUUCGGCGGGAUUCUUCCCUUUCCUUCGCCGCCGCCGCAGAAAUCGCGGUUCCAAAUAGGGCCUAAACAAAAUACUAAGGGACUGUUUGUUUUUUAAGAAUUUUUAAAAUCUCUGUCACAUUAAAAGAAAUCUUACUAUUUAGGAGUAUCAAAUAAAAUAUAUUUAUAAUUUUUUUU